AUGGCUACCAAGGCUCUAGCAACUUGGGCUCUAGCCCUCCAGUUCGGCAACCUCACCGAACCAGUCGUCGAUAUAGCUGUUAAGAGCGUCUACAACUGGGCCGGCUGUGCCAUCGGCGGCUACGCUUUGCCCCCAGCAGACCGCGCUCUUAUCAACGGCAUUGCCUCCCACGCAGAUGACUAUGAUGACACCCACCGAGAUAACCCUAUUCACCCCUCUGGACCUGUGUUGUCUGCUCUGUUUGCGGUUGCUGAGUGGAUUGCACCUGUGUCAGGCGAAGAUUUCUUGGCGGCCUUCGUUGCCGGUGUUGAAGCCGAGUGCAAGAUUGGUGUUGCUGUUUUCCCUGAGCAUUACAAUGUUGGAUGGCACAUUACUAGUACCGUUGGCUCAGUUGGCUCAGCUGUUGCUGUCGGAAAGCUCCUUGGACUUGACACUAAGCAAAUGCAGAGAGCUAUCAGCAUAGCCUCCGUUCAGGUAAUCGGUAUGCACGAGUCCUUUGGUACGGACACCAAGCCUUUCCAUGUUGGGGCUGCAGCACAAGCAGGUCUCCAGUCGGCACUGCUCGCCAAGAGUGGCUUUGGAGGAUCUCUCGAAGGCUUGGAAGCUAAGAGAGGUUGGUCUCAUGUUGUCAGCACUCAUGAGAAUCUGACAGCCGAGAUCUCCACGCUUGGCAAUGUUUGGGAGAUAUCAAGGAACACGUUCAAGCCAUACCCAUGUGAUAGGAUCAUUCAUGCUGCCAUCGAUGGCUGGAUUCAGAUUCACGACAAGGCAGUGAGGGAUGGCCUCGACCUCACCAAGAUCGCCAAUGUCACGGCCCGUACUCAUCCCCGCGUUCUGUUCCUGACGGAUGAUCCCAAGCCCGAGACAGGUCUCCAGGGCAAGUUCAGCGUCUAUCACGCAACCGCUGUAGCACUCCUUUUCGGCGAAGCAACCCCUUCCCAGUUCACAGAUGAAGCUGUGCAGAACAAGACCGUCACUGAACUCCGCCAGAAGGUCAAUGUUACAAGUGAUGACAAGGUCAGCGAGCACGAGGCGUUUGUUGCUGUUGAGUUUGAGAAUGGAAAAAAGCUCGAGGUCCAUGUUGAGCACACGAUUGGUAGCUACGAGAAUCCCCUGGAUGAGAAGUUUCUCCAUACAAAGUUCUUGGAUCAUGUUGGUAACCAGAUCGGAGACGUUCGGGCGAAGAAGGCUUUGAGUGCUUUUGCUGGUAUCGCCAACAUGACAGAUGUUGGUCAGAUUUCUCAACAGUUCAACAAGUAG